GGAGGUGACGGUGAUAAGCCGGGGGGCAGGGCUGGGCCGCGCUGGUCCAGUGAGGUCGGUGGCGACGGAGUGUGGGGUCUGUGGGCAGAGCAGCCGUUGCUUUCUGGGUCGCGCGGGUGCCGCCAUGAAGCUGCUGUGGGGGGUCGGGCUCCUCGGCGUCCUGCUGCUCGCCGCAUCUGUGCGAGCGGACGAGGUGGAGGUGGAUGCCACGGUGGAAGAUGACAUGGGGAAAAGCCGCGAAGGCUCUCGGACGGACGAUGAAGUGGUCCAGAGAGAGGAAGAAGCUAUUCAAUUGGAUGGUUUGAAUGCAUCCCAGAUAAAAGAAAUCCGAGAAAAAUCUGAGAAGUUUGCAUUCCAAGCAGAAGUUAACAGAAUGAUGAAGCUUAUUAUCAAUUCUUUAUACAAAAAUAAAGAGAUUUUCCUGAGAGAGCUGAUAUCGAAUGCCUCUGAUGCUCUAGAUAAGAUAAGGCUAAUAUCGUUGACUGAUGAAAAUGCGCUCUCUGGUAAUGAAGAGCUUACUGUUAAAAUCAAGUGCGAUAAAGAGAAGAACAUGCUUCAUGUUACAGACACGGGUAUUGGCAUGACCAAGGAGGAAUUGAUUAAAAACCUGGGUACUAUUGCCAAGUCUGGUACAAGUGAAUUCUUAAACAAGAUAACUGAAAUGCAAGAUAGUAGUCAGUCAACAUCUGAGUUGAUUGGUCAGUUUGGCGUUGGCUUCUACUCUGCCUUCCUUGUAGCAGACAGAGUUAUUGUUACAUCAAAGCACAACAACGAUACUCAGCACAUCUGGGAGUCAGACUCAAAUGAAUUUUCUGUAAUUGAUGACCCAAGAGGAAACACCUUGGGCCGAGGCACCACCAUAACUCUUGUUUUGAAGGAGGAGACUUCUGACUACCUUGAGCUGGAUACAAUUAAGAAUCUAGUCAAGAAAUAUUCACAGUUCAUAAAUUUCCCCAUAUAUGUAUGGAGCAGCAAGACUGAGACUGUCGAAGAACCCAUUGAUGAGGAAGAAGCAAAAGAAAAGGAGGAAAAAGAAGAAACGGAUGAUGAGGAGGCUGCAGUUGAGGAAGAAGAGGAAGAAAAGAAACCAAAAACUAAAAAAGUUGAAAAGACUGUCUGGGAUUGGGAGCUCAUGAAUGACAUCAAGCCAAUUUGGCAGAGACCAGCUAAGGAAGUUGAAGAAGAUGACUAUAAAGCCUUUUACAAGUCAUUCUCCAAGGUAACUUUGCUAUAAGCUUCAAGAUUCUGU